AUCCUCAUCCUCACCAACAUCCUCGUCCUCGAAUCCCACCGUCCUCGUUGGCCUCGGACACACCCGUCUGUCCGUCAUCGAUCUCGAGCACGGCCAACAGCCGAUGCACAGUGAGGACGGGACGGUGCACGCUGUGGUGAAUGGGAUGUUGUAUGAUUAUGAGGAGUUGAGGGGGUGCUUGGAAGGGAGGGGGUGUGUGUUUAAGACGAGAUGCGAUUCGGAGCUGGUGGUGCAUUUGUAUCGCGUCUACGGACAAAACAUGCUCUUCCACCUACGCGGCGAGUUCGCUUUCGUCCUCUACGACUCCCGACGCCGAAGACUCUUCGCUGCACGGGACAGGUUCGGGAUCAAGCCGUUAUAUUAUACGCUCGACAACAAUAAAGGGAGACUGCUCCUGGCGAGCGAGAUGAAAGCGUUCUUGGCGUAUGGGUGGAAGGCGGAGUGGGAUGUGGAGAGUAUAGUGCAGAUGGGGGAGUUUACUGAUAUGAGGACGGUUUUUAAAGGCGUUCAUAAGCUCCCACCGGGCCACCAACUCACAUUCAGCACCUCCGGCCACCUCACGAUCCAACAAUACUGGGACCGCACAUUCCCCACCUCCACCUCCACCGCCCCUGAACCCCGCACCGUACCGUCCAUGAUCCAAGGCGUGCACGACAGACUGCUUUCCGCAAUCAGAGCCCGUUUGCGUUCCGACGUCCCGCUCGCUGUAUGUCUGAGCGGUGGAAUCGAUAGCGCGGCGGUCGCGGGGAUCGCUGCUGCGUUACUCAGAGAAACCCCGACCUGCACCUCAAAAGAUAAGGACGAAGAUCCGAAUGUGAACGCGGACGCGAACGCGAAACCGACGACUCGGAUCGCAACAUUCACCCUCUCCUUCCCCGAUCGCCCCGAACACGACGAAACCCCCAUCGCCCUCCGCAUGGCCCACCACAUCAACGCCCAUCCCUACAUCGUCCCUCUCACCGAAUCAGCGCUCGUAUCCAACUUCGAAGAAACGGUCUGGCACACCGAACAGCCGAACUUCACGUUCCACCCGUCUGCGAAGGCGUUAUUGGCGCAGGCUAUCAGGGAGGAGGGGUAUAAGGUUGUGUUGAGCGGGGAAGGGUCGGACGAGAUUUUUGGGGGGUAUGCGUUUGAGGGGGUUGAUUAUUUGAGGGCUGUUGAUCCUUCUGCUGUCGGCCUCGGGUUCGAACUGCCGUCUGCGCGGGAUCUGGAGAGAGCGUUGAGAGGGAGAGAAGAGGAGGGGUUGGAGCAGGAUCAUGUGAGUAUGAGGCCGCUGAGACAUGACGACGAGAAGGCGGGGAGAGAGAUGUUGGGAGGGAUAUUUGGGCAUAGGUUCGUUGCGAGUAUGUGUCCCGGCGGUGAACUCUUUUCUCAGGAGGCGAGAGAGGAAUUCUCAUUUUUGGGUUUGGAGGGAAGAGGAUGUGAGCAUACGGAGGUGAUUGCGGAGGGGCUGAGGCCGGAGGUGAGGUGGAAUGCGGUAGGUGGGAGGUGGCAUCCUUUGAAUGUGUCGAUGUAUGCGGUGUCGAAGACCGUAUUUCAUAACUUCGUCAUCAGCUCCGAAGGCGACCGCGCAGAGAUGGCGCAUUCUAUCGAAGGCAGGCCGCCCUUCUUGGACCAUACGCUCGUCGAAUACGUCGAUUCGCUCCCGCCAUCAGUCAAAGUCCGACCCCACCUAAAUCUAAACCUUCCAGAAGGGCCCAUCGGUCCAUAUGAUUCAGACCAGCCUCCGAACUCGAACUCGAACUCGAACUCGAAAUGGUCAUUCACAGAAAAAUGGAUCCUGCGCGAGGCGGUACGGCCGUAUGUGACUGAGGAAAUAUAUAUGCGUCCGAAGGUGCAGUUUAACGCUCCGGUGAAGGGGGUCGAAUCUCAGAUGCCUGUGGGCUCGGGGUCGGCCGCGGAGUCGAGGGCGGGAGAGGCGAACAGUGUGAGGGAGGCUGUGGAGAGCGCACCGUCCUCUUUGGUCUCGGUCUCGUCUGACGAAGGAUACGCUUCACUAUUAAACACCUCCUUCUCCACCCCAUUCUCUGCUCCCACCCCUUCCCUCUCAACACCCACUACCUCUACCUCUACCACUACCCCAGCCCACACCUCCAGAUCAAAUCACACACAAACUCCCCUCCAAACCCUCCUCUCCAAUCUCCUCACGCCCCAAUCUAUCCGUGCGCUCAGGUUCCUGGACGAAGGAUAUGUGUUGGGGGUGUUGGAGGAGUUUACGGGUGGCGAGAGUUGGAGUCACGGUCAGGCCAAAGACGACGGAGGACUAGACGCGAGGGCGAGGAUAUUGCUCUGGUGUGUCAGUUUUGUGGUGUUGGGGAGGAGGUUUGGGGUUCCUGCGUGGGAGGGUGGUCGUGCGCAUGGCUAUGAGUAGCGGGGAUUAGGGGUUAGAGAGUGUAUCUAGGGGAGUUGGAUAGAGGAGGAGGGAGAAUGAGAGUUGGGUGAUACGGAGUAUGGAGUAUGUAGACUCGAACUGUGGAGGUCAUGGAUGGACGAGAGAUGAGUGUUUUUAAGAAUGUGUGGUUCGUAGAGAUGACUGAUUGAUAUUUUUGAAUGUUUUCCGUGAGCGUCGUGGUAAGUAUGGGCCACAAUCAUGGCGCCAAACCGCGAUCAGGCGACUGGCUCGCAGGCUCGCGCAGAAAAGGUAAUUUAUUCUGCAUUUCUAUGGGAUCAGAACACCUGGGGAACGAUCUGUCAACUGGGCGUCCAUCUAAUAAGACCCAGCGACUACUGUGCCCUCCUCGGAACAUUCCUCGAGUAACCAACGAGUAACCAUGGGACAUGGCAAUGCAGCCUAUUGAUGUCGUUUACGCUCCUUCGACGUGCGCUGCAUGCGUAAUCAGACCCGUAUAAGUAUCAAUCAACCCUUUGAGUACCCCAUCCUC